CCGGAGACUGUAGCAAAUGAGAUGACGAGUCAAGGUGGCGUGAAUGAAACUGCGUGUGCCAUGAUUUUGGCUGUAGGGCGGAUGUUAUAUAUGUUAUGAUUUUGACAGAUAUAAUCCAGAUUAACGUUUAUUGAAUUUAGCGUGUCAGCUAGCUCUCCAAAUUGCUAACUAGACGGUUGUCAGAACUAAGAAUCAUCGUGGCUCUAGACUAUGUUAGAAAGCUAUUGGUGCACAUGCUGAUUAGUAGCUAGCGAGCUAUCGAAGUAAGUUAACGUUAGUCUUUGAAAUAAAUAAAAGCACUGCGAAUUUCUGGUACCCACAUGCUCCGGAUAAACAGGUCUGUAAUUUGCUUGAAUGUAAGCAGCUAACUGGCUAUCUGGGCAAGUUAUGAUGUUUGUAUGGUUGGUCGAACAUCGAUAGCUAACUUCUUAGCUUGUAGAGACGGUUAACUAGCAGACGUCGAAGUUAUAAAUUGGUUGACGUUAGUUGAUUACCUAUUUAGCUAACCUUUCCCGGGAAGGUCAGACCGUGUAACAAGCUCGAUAUCGUAAUUAUACCGUUCUAGCAUUACAUUUUAAAGCAUCAUUUAACAACCCGGCUAAAAGUAACUAACUGGGCACAAUGCAGAGAAGCAUUCCUACAGUGAAGACGGAAGACACUGGAUUUCAUGCGCCGAAAGGAAAAGGAGACACGUUGAUUAACAUUAUCAAAGAGAAUCAUCUGCGGGCCCCGAGUCCUAAUUAUGAUGACGACUCGGAAGCCGAGUCGUACCGAGAUGGGCACACCGAAGAGGUUGACAGGGACACGAGGGUCAGGGCGUACGCCUGGUGCCGGGACUUCCUUUCCGGGACGUGGAAAACCAUUCACGAGACGGAUUUCCAGAUCAGCAUUGUCCGCGGUGGCCUGAGUAACCUGCUGUACCUGUGCAGCCUGCCCGACCACGCGCAGUGCGUCGGUGACGAACCGCGACAGGUGCUGCUGCGCGUGUACGGAGCCAUCCUCCGGGGCGUGGACUCCCUGGUGUCGGAAAGCGUGAUGUUCGCCAUUCUGGCGGAGAGGCAGCUGGGUCCAAACCUCUACGGCGUCUUCCCCGAGGGUCGUCUGGAGCAGUACAUGCCGAGCAAGCACCUGCGGACCGAACAGCUCCGUGACCCGGAGGUGUCGGCGGAGAUCGCUACGAAGGUGGCCCGCUUCCACGGGAUGGCCAUGCCCUUCAACAAGGAGCCCAAGUGGCUGUUAGGGACCAUAGACAGGUACAUGGAGCAAGUUCUGCAGCUGAAGUUUGUCCGGGAUGCUCACGUGAAGAAGUUCAAUAAGUUGAUGAAGUACAACCUGCAGGCAGAGCUGGAAAGCCUACGAACACUGUUAGCAGAGACCCCUUCUCCUGUAGUGUUCUGCCACAACGAUGUACAGGAAGGGAAUAUUCUUAUGCUGGAUGGUGUUGAACAGGACCCCUCUUCGACAGAAAAGCUCAUGCUCAUAGAUUUUGAGUACAGCAGCUAUAAUUACAGGGGUUUCGACUUCGGCAAUCACUUCUGCGAGUGGGCGUACGACUACACCUACGACAAGUGGCCGUUCUACAAGGAGAACAUGGAGAACUACCCCAGCAGGGAACAGCAGUUGCAUUUCUUCCGGAGCUACCUGGCGGAAAGCGGGGGAUAUACUGAGAGCAUGACGGUUGAAGACCGAGCGAGGGUCGAGGAGGAGCUGAUCAACGAAAGCAACCGCUACGCUUUGGCCUCUCACUUCCUGUGGGGUUUGUGGUCCAUCAUCCAGGCGAAAAUGUCUACAAUCGAGUUUGGGUAUAUGGACUACGCUCAGAGUCGAUUUAACGCCUACUUCAAUCAAAAAAAGAUGUUUACGUAAUUUGCCGACAGUCCGUUCCCCCCUCCCCCUCCCCCCAUCUCUAACUCAAAGCAAAAUUAAUUCCGUUUACUGUAACUGGUCAGAGUUAAAGUACCAUCUUUUGUGACAUUCUGAGUUCCCGUUUUCAGAGCACUCUGAACUCUUCUGAUUUUAAUUGGACCAGCAUGCACUUGGAUCCCAAGCAGUGGAGGAAAGGACAAACAGCACUGACCUUUAAAAAUGGCACCUGGGUGGAGAAUACAAAAACCCUGCAUGGGCUAGACUGAUAAAUUCCAAAGCAACUGUUGGAUGUCGCCAGCUGUCCACAAGAAGACCAGCGCUUAAAAAUACCACAUGUACAUAAAAACAUUUACUGUAACUAAUAGCAUUCACGUUGAUCUAAUUAAUAUCAACGUAUAACCCGAGAUUCUUGUGGGCUAAUACCACACCAAAUAUAUGCUGCAUGCUUUCGUUACCCUCUAUUGUAAUACAAAGAAAGACGUUACUGUUUUUUUUUUCUAAUAUUUUCUUGACGCAGAAUUUAUUUAUUGUAUGCUUGCGCAUGUCAAUGUAGACGGACCAUCAGGAAGAAAACUCAACAGAAAGAAUUUUACCUGGAUUCUUGUUAAAAAUUCACCUGUUAUUCAUAUUUGUGUCUCGUUCACUGGUACUUUUUUUCUGUCAUAAUUUAACUUGCCGCCAUGUUGUUCUCGCAACGCCGCAAAGCUAAAGGGUCCAAAACUGGCAUCAUCCAAAAGUGUGUUCAUCAGUGUUUUGUGCAUCUUUAUCAUUUAUGUGUGCAAUCUUUGUCUCAUAGCUGCGUGUUUGCAAGGCAUCCUGGGAGCUUCAGACCAGAACCCGUUGGCUGUGCUAUCAACCCUGCGUUCAGGGUUUGAUGGCGCUUGAAAAAUGUUAAUCGUGCUUUGCUUGUUCUUCACCUGUGAUGUUCAAAUCAAAGUUGUUUUCCUGUAUGUACAUUUCACGCUAUCCUGGUGUUAUUUCUUCCAUGUGUUUGACCCGCAGGUAGAAUCAUUGAUACAUGAGCAUGGUAGAGAAAAUAUUCCCUUGUAUCAUAUUUUAGUGUCAGAAUAUUCCAGAUUCUUUGGCUUUUUUUACGUUCUUGUUCACAUAUCUAAGUGAGACAGUUCUCAUGGAGUUUUGAAAAAGCCAGAAAAUAUCGGGAGGCUGUUUUUUUGCGUUUGUUCGAAAGUUGUUUGUUCAGUAUUACUGCAUGGCGUGGGAACCUUACCUGUAAAUACAGGGGUUAAGCUGGCAAAGAUAGUGAACACAGCCAGUAAGAUAGUAGACCCAAAGGACAAGAAGGAAAGCCCUCGGCGUAGCAGAUGACCCUCCUCGUCCCCUAAGUUUGCUCAGCGCAGCUCUGGUAGGCGGUACAGGGUGCCCCUGAAAUACACAAGAAAUCUUUCGUUCCAAUUGCAGUCCACCUCCUAAAUCCCAUGAAAAUCAGACCACAAUGAAAUGCCCCAUACUUCCCUCUUGUAGGGUUUUAAAAACAUUUUUACACCAUCACCUACGCUGAUUUUAUAUUCCUAUAAUUUAUAUUUUAUCUUUUUAAAUGUUUUUUAUACUUUCUCUUUUUCAGCGUCUUUUAAAACUGCUCGGAGGGCCAAAGGCUAUUUUACACUAGUUUGGUAGUACUCUGUUCCAAUUCUAUACUCCCUUUGCAUCACCAGAGUGGGGCUAAUGUGUGAGGCCCUAAAAUCGCAUUGACUUGAAGAAAAUUUAUUUUGUAAACAUGAGGCUAUCUGCAAAUAAUUGGGCCAGUUUUGCCGUUUGGAAUUUCAGUUUGGGGUCCCUUUGUCAGUUACUUAUUCGGUAGAUCCAAAAGACGAGCAGGCUUUCCCUCGCUUGCGUCGGUUAGCAUGCGUCAACAUUUGUUCUUUUAACGAAAAAAUUCACUCUGCUAAUUGUGUGUCUGCAUAUUGACCAAGUGAACGUUACGUGUUCAACUGAAAACUGAUUCCUUCUGAAUGUAGGUUCCCUCACAAUUCCUGCAUUGCAGAUUACAGUUAUUCUGACUUCUUUUGGGGGGGAUUUUGUUCUGUAUUUGUAAUAAUAUCAAUGUAACCAUAUGCAAAUUGCCCUCCAGAGUUUAUCUCUGGGCAAGUCUAGUAAAGCACAGUGGUGAUAUAGGAGCCCUUAAAGGGUGUGGUUACUGUGGAAUGGGGGUUCUGUUCUUGUGUUUGUGUUUUAGAUCAUGUCUUCUGCAUCUUUAUGCAGUGAGAGAUUAGGAGAUGCCUAGUUUAUAUGGCCUCGAUUUUGGGGUAUCUUCUCAAAAUUUGUUCUGUAAAAUUUGGUCUGGCUUAUUUACUAUGACUGAACUAACCUUUCUCUGUUCCAGUAUAUUAACAGUAAACCCAUUUGUGGUACCGCUUGAGCAAAAAUAAUACAUUCAAAUGUCUGAAUAUCACAGAAACUAAAGAAACUUCUCAGAAUAUUUUUCCAUCAAAGGUGACCUCAGGAACCAGAUGAAAGGUCUUGUGUCAGUUCAGAUUUUUUUUUUUUUUUUUUUUUUUUGGCAGUCUCUCAGCUUUAUUAUUUUUUUGUAAGCUUUGAUAGCAAUUUUGUUUUAAUUUUGGUUAAUAAAACUCUGUUUUCUGCA